UUUGAGCCCUAAAGGAAACAGUGACCUUCUUGGCUGCUUUUUCCAAAACCAAAAGAAUCUUGGAGAAGAAAAACAGUGCUAGUGGCUGGGGCUUGUUUCUUCAAGAUUUUUUUUGUUGUUGUUCUCAGUUCCAAAGAUGACAAGAAGCAACUGUUAAAAAAAGCCAUAUUAUUUCAUCGAUGCGUGCCUUGUCCUUCCAUCUGCAGCAGCAUCAAAAGGCUUAAAAAUGGCCAGUGAUCAGUCAAACUGCUUUCACUGCAAGGAUUCGCUUUGUGGAAAACGAUACGUGAUGAAAGAAGAAAAUGCUUUCUGUGUGAAAUGCUACGACAGCCGCUUUGCUAACUUUUGUGAAAAAUGUCAGAAAGCCAUUGAAUGUGACUCAAAGGAUCUUGCUUAUAAAGGCUGCCACUGGCAUGAAACCUGCUUCAAGUGUGCCCAAUGCCAUCACUCCCUGGUUGAGAAGCCUUUUGCAGCUAAAGACGAGCGCCUGCUGUGUACAACUUGUUAUUCUAAUGAGUAUUCAUCUAAGUGCUUUCACUGCAAGAGGACUAUUAUGCCUGGUUCUCGUAAAAUGGAAUUUAAAGGCAAUUGUUGGCACGAAGCUUGCUUUGUUUGCCGGUACUGCCGGCAACCACUAGGAAUGAAACCUUUGAUUACCAAGGAUGAUGACAAUUACUGUGUACCCUGUUAUGAGAAGCAAUUUGCACAAUAUUGCUACUCCUGCAAAAAGAUGGUCACCAAUGGUGGGGUGACUUACCGUGACCAGCCAUGGCAUAAGGAAUGUUUUCUAUGUACUGGAUGUAAGAAGCAACUUGCAGAACAUCAGUUCAUGUCCAAAGAUGAACAUCCUUACUGCCUGGAGUGCUUCAGAGGACAUUUUGCAAAGAAGUGUGUGGCCUGCACCGAACCCAUUACUGCUCUUGGAGGAGGGAAGUUCAUCUCGUUUGAGGAGCGCCAAUGGCACAGUGACUGUUUCAAGUGCAGCCAAUGCGCCAGCUCCCUGGUGGGAAAGAGCUUCCUCACCCAGCAAGAUAAUGUCCUCUGUGGCAAUUGUGGGUCUUCUAUAUGACUCAGGAGCUCUUCAAGGUUGCUCGUCCCUUCUCCUUCAUUAUUCUAGCCAUGUACAUAAUUGCUCACUAGUCAGAAAGCCAUCUAAGAAGUUUCAUAGUUUACAACCCCUGUAUCCAGUAUAGCUACUUUCCAUAUCAUUCUGAACAUACAAAGUUUGCAGUCACUGUGUUUUUCUUGUAGUAGAGUGCACUCUGCUGUUAGGAAUCUGAGUCUGUAUAUGAUCGUGCUAAAAUUCUAAGUGAAAUAAGUUUAUGCCAGAGCUAUGUUGCAGGCGGGGAAAAACCCUUCAAACUCUCCAACAGUACAAUGUUUUUUCAUUGUGUAACCCAUACCUAUAAAAGAAUAUCCUGGCAGGCAGGUAAGAUUCAAUGGUUUAUUUUUGUUGGCUUACUUAAUUUAGAAAAACUAAGAAGAGAGGAAGGAUUAUAGUCUGCUGCCACCAAAGAUAGCAUUCUAAGAUUACAUCCCAUAACUAUCCAUAAAAAUAUUAGAAAUGCAAACUGUCAGGUUGUCAUUCAAAUCUUUAUUCCUCCUCCCAACACACCCCACUCCCUAAUAUAUGCAUAGAACUAAAACUGCUAUUAUCCUGAGGAACAAUAUGUCUAUAUGUCAUUCCUCAAAGGCUUUGAAGGCGACCUCCCAGACGCUCUUCCAAAGUUAUCACCAAACUGCAAUUUUUAGGGGAACUGAAAGAGAAAAUUAUUAAAUACAUGACUGAAGGGCAAUCAUCUUAAGUCAAUUAAUUUGGUUGGAUAUGCAGCUGUAGCAUCUCAUUCAACAGCCAAUGAGUCCCCUUGUCCUGAAAAAAAUAUUGUGCAAUGCAGAAGUAGCAUAUAUGGAAGCCAGAGGUGGUGUUCAGCAGGAAAUUUUGAGUAGUUCGGAGAACCAGUAAAUACCACCUCUGACUGGCCCCGCCCCCAUCUAUUCUUUGCCUCCCGAGUCCCAGUUGAUCAGGAGAAAAUGGGGAUUUUGCAGUAACCUUCCCCUGAACUGGGGAAGGAAUGGAGAUUUUAUAGAAUCCUUCCCUGCCAUGCCCACCAAGCCAUGCCUACCAAGCCGUGCCAUGCCCACCAAGCCACGCCAUGCCUACCAAGCCACACCCACAGAACCGGUAGUAAAAAAAAUUUGAAUCCCACCACUGAUGGAAGCAUAUACAUAAUAUCGCUUGGUUGGCUUUAGCUUAGUUGGCUAUGAAAAGGCAAUUGCAUUUAGUAUACAUCAUAUUUUUUUUCUUCUAAUGGAUUUGUCUAGCAUGAAUUAGCGUGAUGAAAGAGGAAAAACACUUCCAUGAAGAAAAACAAUGGGUGACAUCCCUGAAUGUGUAAAUUUUGCUGUGAUAAUUAGCCUGCUAUAUGUGCAUGGCAAGAUCUUAAAUUCUAGACUUUAUUCAUAUAAUCGAAAUCCAGAACAAAUUAUUCCUGGUUGUCUUUACUUUAACUUUGUUUUUUGAGUAGCUUGGGUUCUUUAGAAGCAGAGAAGGAGUAUCAUUACAAUCGUUCAGUCGGGAUGCGACUAAGGCAUGAAUGAUCAGGAGCAGAGUCUCCCAAUUUCAGGAAUGGGCACAAUUGGUAUACAAUUGGUGUACAAUGGGCGUGCAUAAGAGCACAAAAGUGCCUACCGUUCCUGUCCUAUUGUUUCCUUUCAUUAUAUCAAAUUAAUAUAGUUAUUGCAUACUUUUGCUCAUAUAUAUGUUUAUAUGAUAUGUAGUUAUUUUAUGUUGAUGCUUGUGUAUAUUGCUGUGACAAAAUAAAUAAAAAAAACAACAAUAUGGAUUGGCGCAGAUGCCCUCCUGGUCAUAGUUACCUCCUACUUCUCAUGCAGGAAUUGUGAGUACUCCAAAUUGCAAUGAGUUCUGUCUAAGCAAAAGUACUGCCAUCCAGAACUAAAAAUGAAGUGUCAUCAGAGCCAGGGAAGUUGGAAAUUGUUUGGGUUUAGGAUCUAGAUUCUUACAGCUUUCAGACACAGGAUUUUUCUUUUCUUUUGAUGUUAUCACUUGUUUAAUUCAUGAUAGAGAUAUAUAGCUGGGUAUCAUAUGUGAUGGUAUCCAAUUUGUGGUGAAAUCCAAUUUUUUUUUACUACGUUUCUAUGGGUGUGGCUUGGUGGGUGUGGCAGAGGAAGGAUAUUGCAAAAUCUCCAUUCCCAUCCCACUCUGGGGCCAGCCAGAGGUGGUAUUUGCCGAUUCUCUGAAUUACUCAAAAUUUCCGCUACUGGUUCUCCAGAACCUGUCAGAACCUGCUGGAUUUCACCCCUGAUAUAUGGAAGAUAUUUAAACAUGUGCCUAUGGAUAACAUCACCCAACAGUUUUAUAUAGAUGUUAAAUAGGAAUAGGGAAAAUGUUGAGCUCGAGUCAUCCUGCUUUGCAGAAUAUCUAGAGUUGGACCUUACCCACACCAGUAACUGAAGCCAGAGUUGGAGAAGAGAGGAGGAUCACAUAAGCUCCUCCCAUACUGUCCCAACUCCUUAAGAUGGUCCAGAAGGAUACCAUGAUCAGAAAAAAGACACCGGAAGAUCAAAAGGGCCACAUUGAAUGCACUUUUUCCAGUUCAAACUCUGCAAAGAUGAUCAAUCAGUGUGAUUAAUGCUAUCACGGUACUAUCACUCAACCUGAAACCCAACUUAAAAUGGUCCAGAUAGUCGGCUCCUUCCAAGUCUUCAACAGCUAUAAGCCCACCAUCUUUUCAGCAAGAUUCUUACCAAGGAAAACUUGCAGACCUGAUAGAAAUGGAUCCCGUUGUUGUUGUUUUUUUGAUCCACCGAUGGUUUAUUGAAGAGAAGGCAAAGCACUGCUUGCUUCAGAGCUGAUGAUUGUUUUCCAAAGAGAAGAGAGCAAAGAAAUAAUAGUUCGAGUGCUGGUAUUUCAUCUUACACAAUUGUAUUUUUAUUGACAAUGCCAGUUUUGCCAAUUAAACUGUUGUGCUGUAUUUUCUGGUUAUUUUAAAUAAUCGUUCCUGAUCACAAGGGGAUGCAGUAGACAGCAGGCGGUGUCAUAAAAAUAGUUCUGCUCCAUUUUUUAUUAACUAUAUGAAAUACAUAUUUCAUUUUACUCAAAAUAGCACCAUACCUUUUUGCACCUGUAUGCAUCACCUGCCCCCCCCCCAUUUUGUACAACCCCUGCUUACCAUCUCCAGCUAUCUGCUCUUCUGUCCUCCCACAAUUUCCCUUUCUUAAUAACCCUUUUGUUAGCAAAAAAUAGAACUAGGUUGUGAAAUCUAAAAAUAAAAAAUCACAGAUAGAAGCACGUGUGUGCCAUCAUUUAUAAGAACUGGGUGUAUUGGGACUUGCCAGAUGGCUUACAAUGCAAGAUCAUAAAGUAAAAAUUAGAACUAAUCUAAUUGGUUGCUUUGUAUCCCUUUUAGCUGAACUUUCCUUUAAAGAAAAGGCCCAUGGAGAAACACUGAAGAAAAUGUAGAGUUUAAUCCAAAUAUAGUAUUUAUGGAAACUUGCCUUAGAACCUAAAUUUAAAAAAAACCUCACAAAACCCUUGCUAGAUAAUAAAAUAUAUUUAGAAUAGAAUAGAACAGAACAGAACAGAACAGAACAGAAUAGAAUAGAAUUUUUAUUGUCCAUGUGUGAUUGGACACACAAGGAAUUUGCCUUGGUGCAUAUACUCUCAGUAAAAGUAAAGAUACGUUCAUCAAGAAUCAUAAGCUACAACACUUAAUGAUAGUCAUAAGGUACAAAUAAGCACUAACAAUAUAAAUCGU